AUUGUAGUGUGAGAUAAUAUGAAGGACAAAAGAUGAGUCGUUAAAAGGGUGGACGCAGGGAAUGCGAAGAAGAGUAGCUGAUCCAUCGCCGACUACCAUUUUUCCCCUAACCCCACAUCACAUGCUUCCCCUUUAACGCGUCGACUCUCAUUGUUCGUCGCCCAUCAAUUUCUUUCUUCACUUCCGAUCUCACUUCUCCAGCAUCACUCUAAAAACCUAGAGAGAGAAAGAUUUGGAGAGAGAAAAUGGCGCUGAAUCACGCUGGACCCUGCACUCCGGCGUUGUUGAAGGCGACCUUAGGGCUGAUGGCACUGUGCAUGGCUGGCUACAUAGUAGGCCCCCCUCUCUACUGGCACGUCAUGGAAGGCGUAGCAGCAGUAAGUCGCUCAGAAUCUUCGUCUUCCUCUUGCCCUCCUUGCCUCUGUGAUUGCUCUUCUCAACCUCUUCUCUCCAUUCCCCAAGGACUAAGCAACGGUUCCUUUGCAGAUUGUGCAAAGCAUGAUCCAGAAGUGAGUGAGGACACUGAAAAGAAUUUUGCGGAGCUCUUAUCUGAGGAAUUGAAGCUUCGGGAAGCUGAAACUUUAGAAAGCCAGCAGCGCGCUGACAUGGCACUGCUUGAGGCCAAGAAGUUGACAUCUCAGUACCAAAAGGAGGCAGACAAGUGCAAUUCAGGGAUGGAGACUUGCGAAGAGGCAAGGGAAAAAGCUGAAGCUGCUUUAUUGUCACAAAAGAGACUGACUGCAAUGUGGGAGCUGAGGGCUCGUCAGAAAGGAUGGAAAGAAGGGGUUGCCAAGUCACGAACCCAGUCUCAGGGAAAUGUACAGGCUGUUUAAAAUGGUAAUGGCCUAAAAUGGAAUUAUCACACGAAGGUAUUGCUUCAUCUCCACAGUGAACUUCCAUAUAAUCUCACCUCAGAACCAGGGUGAUGCUUAUGAAUUUGAUCAACUGUCUUUAGCCGUCUGAUCUGGUUCUUUAAUGUUCCAAGUUUAGGAGUUAUAUUCUUUUGAAAAUAUAAGUUAUAUUUCUUUUCAUGGCCUCUUGUGCUAAAAUUGCAUGGCCUUUAUCCAGUUUGUUUUUCCAUCUUUUAACUGAGAAGUCCCAUUGUUAGACUCUAUAGUAGAGAAUGUGAAUACGUGAUUGCCUUUUGUCCAAUGAAAAUGGUUGCCGGAUAUGAAUAUGUUAUUGUUGAAGUGCCUGAACUAUUUCUAUAUCUUUAUUAUUAAAAUAAAAAUUUAACUUGAUUUGGACUA